GGAUUUAUUUAAUUACUUAACAUUUGCAAAGGCCAUUUAAACCAUUGGUCAAGAGAUUUAAAUAAUUCUGUGAGUACCAAAUGGAACUUGGAAUGUGUUACUACGUUUGAGAAUCUACAAUACGAUUUCCCUUAAAUUCACUGCGUGUAAUAAUUUAAGGACUCGGCGGAUUAUCAUAAUAAGAUCUAAGUGUUGACCUUGUGUGUCUUGUGGUUCAGGGAGAGAUCGAUUUCUAACAUCUGGGAUGAUAUCUCGUUUAGAGAUACAAUACUUUUAUGUUUAUGAGUGCUAUAAUAGAAACAGCUUAUUAACUGUAGAGAUUGUUCACUGACUUUGUCCACAUUUUGGUUUCUAUGUGCAUUGGAGGAAAGAGACAAAGAUGUCUUCAUAACAUGCUUCUUUUGGAGACUUACAUUGUCCAAUUGUCCACUCGAGGAAGAGAAAAAAGAUCAACUCAUUUGAUUUGUUCCCUCAACUAUUUCCUCGACCUCUCCCACCCGGUUAAAGUUCCUAAACCAUUUGUUUUGUUUGAAUAUGUUCAUGGCUUGAAGCGGUUACCUGUUUAUUUCUAUUUAGAAAACUUCUAGUAGGUCUUAGUAAGAUUUGAGUGUUUUUUGUGCUCCAAAAAAACAAACUGUGUAUGGAUAGUAAAAUUGGAUACAAGUUGUAGGCUAAUUAAAAAGACUUAUCUGUAAUCUUAUUGUGUAAACAUUAAAUGCUGUAUUGGAACAAUUACAAUAAAAGGGAAUUAUGCAAUGCUGAUUGUUCGUUGUACUGCAUUAUCAACCUAGCAAUAUGAUCUAGACGAAUGUUCUUUCAAGAGAAAGGAAUUCAGUGCUUGAUAAAUGUUCAAUAGAGAGUGAUUCGCUGAGAAAUUCUUGGAUUAAAUCAAAUUGAGUAAAGAUUGCAGCCAAUCAAUGGAGUGUUUUUGUUGUAUAAAAUCCAAGCGCCGCCAUGGUGAUGAAACAAGUAAACAUCCUCCCAACCCCUACACUGUGUCUCCCAACCAUAGUCAACCAUCCACCCUAAACCGAGACUUACAAUUUCCAAAGGUGAGCGGAACUGGUCUUUGGCUAGGAGCGCCUGGUAUCCAUGCAGUCACCCCUGCUCCUGCUUAUUUCAUGCAUAAAAAUCCACCCCCUACUGGCAUGAUGGAUAUACCGCCCUCAUACCUACAGCGGGCCACAUCAGAAAGACGACCACAGUCCAGAAAUCCAUACGCUCCUUCCAAAGCUAUGUUCUCCAGUCAUAACAACGUGUAUCUCAUGCCAGUAGGCAUACCUGGGCAUCAACGUAUCUACCACAGCGCCAAUCUGUCACCUCUCCCUGAAGUGCCGCCUAUGAUGAGCAGCUACACCCCAAUGGGAAUGGAGAUCUACGAAUACACUCCCAUGGGAGCUUCAAAUGGUCUUGCUUCACGGUCUAAGCUGAUUGAGACCAAGCACAGUCCGUACAUGUACAAUGAUAACUUUACGAUGGUCAACAAGCUGGAGCGGUCUCGUAGUGACGCACAACAAUUUCCAAGACCAGCACCUCACAAGUUCAUCCACACCAAGCAGACAUCUUCUUCUUCCCAGGACAGGAAGAGCCAAUCCUCUUUCAAAGACAGCUCUGUGUACAUCAAGGAUGACAAGCGAAAGCUUGUAAGCAGUGAAGGUUUUGACGGAUCAAUGAAAAACAAGUCAUCGCUUGAUGAGCUGCAUAGCUCAUUCUACAACAAAGCAUUCUCCACAGACUCCGGUCUUGGCAAAAGCUCUUCCUCCAUUGACAAACCCAACGCGCCGCAUUUGAUAGCUAUGAAAUCACCUAAACGAAUUUCACAGUCAGGCGGCACACCCGGACUUGUAUCAACAUACGUGUCGAAGCCAGACAUGAGCACUGACAUUAUACUAAGUACUAACAAGACUGAUGACCAGAAAACUCAGCCUUCAUUUUCUGACAUGUUGGACUCGAUUAAUUUGCCUGACGAGGCUGAAGCUGAUCUGGGUCACAAAGAGUACAGUUACAGUGGGGUCAUAACUUCCAAGAAGUCAGACAAAUCUCAGGCGAUUACUAAAUCCUCUACUUCUAGUGCUGACAGUGGAGUAUACAGUGAAGUCAUUGCUAUUAACAAGGGUAUUAAAUCAGACAAGACUGAAUCCAAAGACUUUCUACAAGACGAGCAUGUGGUCAAAGGUAUUGUGGACACACUAGUAUUGCCAGAUAUUUCGGAUGUUGAAAAGCCAAAGCAAAGUAACAGCCACUUGCCUUUUGGCAGUGCACAGAUCAGGGCCUCAGUACAAGGCCAUCAUAGCAGCACUGGGGAUAGACGGCUAAAGCCUGAUGAUAAAAAGCCCAAGGAAAUAAUGACAUCAUCUAAGACUUAUCAGCAUUUGGAUGGUACCAUAGAUGAUGCAAAUCAUGCUGGCAAGAUUACAGACACAGUCUUCCAAUUUCUAGAUAGCUAUUUAUCAGAAGAUGAAGGUACUGACAAUCAUUCAGCCAUUGUUGAGAUGAGGGCUUAAUUUUGGAAUAGAAGUUUUCAUUCGUGUAUGAAUGAAUGCCCACAUUCGACUUCUUGGUUCAUCAAAACUAUGAAGCUUCAAAUGUUUUCACACAGCAGCAGCAUUACUGAAUCUUUGUGUACACAUUAAUAGAAGAGCUUCCUAUAGUUUGAACUGCAAAGAUUUCUCCUUCAUCAGGAUUCAGUCCCCUGAGACUGUGGUCUACUUUACUUUUGUAAAACUGUUGGUAAAGACAUGAAGUGAAGGACUUAGAGCUACUGAUGCUCACUUCACACUUGUACUAGACAGAUUUCUGGGAAAUUUUGAGCCAGAACCAAUGCCAGUUUGUACAGAUGUUGUUUAUUACAUGAUAUUUUACACAAUUCAUCUUAUUACACACAAAAAAAUGUAUGUAAUCUCUAAUACCCUAAUGUUCAAAUACUUCUUUAUGUAUCACCUUAGCUAUAAUCAAAUUGGGAUAUUUUUCUGAUAUUAUAAUACAACCAAGUAAUAUUAAUUGUAAAUAAAACAUAUUAAGUGAAAAUAUAAGCACAUAUUGUAUGCUAACGCACUAAAAAUUAGCAAAUCUCCAUCAAAUAUAUUGAAAUUGUAUAUAACCUCUUUAUUGUUUUAAGACAAUGAAUAUUUGUGUAUAUUUAUUUAUUAUUAUACAAUGAACACUAAACUCCACACUAGAAUAGUUACAUCUUUUUGUUAACUGCUUUAGAAGCAACAAGGUUUUAGAUUAUAUUGAUUAACAAACAGUGAUUGCUGUUAUUUUUUAUUGCAUUUUUAUUGUCCCUUUUUUUUUUCAUUACAAAUUUUAACAUCUUCGUCUUUCAUUUGGUACACUCUCAAUUUCUUCCAUAGAUUUGCAUAUGAAAUUAUACAAUUAUUGAAUAUAUGUUUAAAAUGUUUGAAUUGGAAAAUUAUUUGUACCUUUUAAAAAUGAUCAUUCGUGCCUUAUCAUGCCACAUGUCAUCGGUGUAUUAUAUAUACCAUAAUUAUAUACUUGUAUUUUUAUACUCACUAUAUAUGGAUCUGUAAUAAUAGCCAAAGUUUGGCCUGACUGAAAAUGAUUGAUAUGUGAAGGUGAAUCUAACUACCUCUGGUCCACAGUUAUAGCAAGUAUUGUGGAUUGUGAAAGAAUGUUAUGUGUCAUUGUAGAGCAAGUGGUGUGACUUGAGGCCAGUGGUGUGGUGUGUAUAAUCAUAGGCAUAACUUCAAUGUAUUUGAUAAAUUUACAAUUUAUGGCAAUAGUGGGGUGCACGUACUAGACCUAUAGCCUUUAAAUAAACCACACAGGACACAGCUAUGCAAUUAAUAGGGCUGUGGCUUAAUUUAAUCGUGAGAUAAUAUCAGUGAAAAUUAUAAGAUAACAUUUGUAAAAACUGUAAUAGAAAGAUUGGCUUAGAAAAAAAACACAUUUACAACUAGACGAAGUAAUGUUUCCUCUGAUGCCCUCACCCACCCCCACUUCUUUCUUGUGUGUUGUUGUUGAUCAAAGGUUACAAAAUAUUGCUAAGUACAGCAUGGUAACUUACGCUUGUUUUUAUUGACAUGAAGAACAAGUUACAUUUUGCAUUUUAUUUGCCAAAUUUCCAUUUGCUACAACUUUAUUCGCGUCUGGGGGCUAGUUAACAAUAAAUAAUUGACUCCACUUGUUGAUAACAAGAUGUAUGAAAAUAAUUUAGAUAGACUUCUAUUAUCUUAUAAAUUACAAGCAAAAUCCCCAUGUGAAUCUCGUUGGUGAGGUAAACAGUUUAUAGAUAUGAAAUGAAAAGUGGUGGGAAAGGUAUUGGUAGGCCUACUUAACCUAAUGAACAGGAGUAGAGCGAUAGACCGUCCCUGUAAGAACUAGCCGACGUAGUCUUUGUGUAAAAACUAGUUGAUUUAAUAAAAACUUUUAUAAAACAGAAACUUGACUAUAAAAUAGUAUCACAAUUUUAGUCAUAGAAAUUUACAACGAUACAACAACAGACACACACACACACGGUAGAUGUAAGUCAAACCCUGCCCACCAAAAGCCCCUUGCCGUCCUGUGGGAGGUUUAGACUAGGAUGUAAUCAUCUUUUUUUUUUUUUUUUUUUUUUUUUUUUUUUUUUUUUUUUAAGGAACAAUCGAAAAAAUGUAUUUUUAAAAAGUCAGUAAUCUUGUAGCGCCUAGAUUUGGGCAACUUAAUAUAGAAUCUAUAUAGUAUAUAGUCUAAUAGCUAAGUUUAAAACAUUUAGAUUUAUAUCAGCUGAGCUGAAUGAGCUAUAUUUGUUUUGUUUUUAAUACGACCCAUAUCACCUUUCUUUUUUCCCCUUUGUUAUUAAUAAGGUGGGUGAAAAUAUUAGUGUUAUAACCCUGCCAUGCACACCGCCAUCCAAGAUAGUGCAGAAGGUGCGCACUGUUAGAGACUAGACUGAGAAGGUGCGCACUGUUAGAGACUAGACUGAGAAGGUGCGCACUGUUAGAGACUAGACUGAGAAGGUGCGCACUGUUAGAGACUACACUAGGAAGGAUGUUGACAUUAGGAAUAAGAGAACGAAGUUCUGCCCAAGUCUAAAGCUUAUGAAGAGGCUGUGCUCAAGGCAGAUGUUGUUCUAUGUAUUUGUGUUGAAUAAACAUCUGUGUUCGUUGAGUCGUCUCCUCUCCGUAAAAUUUGAUUUAAUACAAAAGUUUGACCCAUCGUUCAUGUUCAAACUUGUAGUCUUCUACGUCCCUGAAUACUAGAAUAGCUGAACCUUGGAAACUUCUCUUUUUUACCAUCUGUAACAAAUUCCUUGCAUUUCUUUUUCCUAAAAUAUUUAUUGUUUCGUUACAAAAAAAAUUGAUUUUGUUCCCAUCUGUUGUUACCGUGUGACGAUAUCCAUAAAGUAGACCCUGAGUUCAGUCUGUAGUGUGGUGUAACUGUUUCAUGACCUGUUAUCUAAGAGAUACAGAUUUAUUGCUUCAUUCAAUAAAAGCUAAUCAAUAAACCAUUUUUACCAUGUGA